AUGCGAGAGAAACUAUCAGUGUCGCCAGGCCGUGCGGCGACGGCUGGUGCACUUCGACCGCCAUCCACCAAUCUUCGUUCAGCAGCACGAGGAAGCGGAAACAACAAUGGCUCAACGAUAAGUUCGUCCAACUCGAGCUCAAUCGCCUCGUCGUCGACGUACACAUCGAUUCCGGACGUGAGCUCUACGCCGAAAAAGAACGCCUCCACUUCGACGUCAAAUCAGAAGAUCGGCUCGGCGUCAUCGUCUGGGAAUCAGAAAACACCGUCGCUCGCCAGACCAGGACAGAUUCAAGCACCGGCUGCCAAGUCGCAAUUAACGUCUAAGUCAGCAAUUACAAAGCCGUCGGCACUUAAGCCUCCAGCGACCACUACUGCACAAGCGACUGAUCCGGCUAAUCAAUCGAAAAUGCUCAAACUGAAACUGUUCGGUGCAAAAGAGAAAGAGAAGAGGGACGCCUCUGCGCCCACAGCAUCUCCAGUGCCGGUCAAGAAAGCCUCUAACUUGGCUCCACCAAGGUCAAGCGGUUUGGCAAAACCUAAGGCGACCGCAGAAAUAAAAGCACCAUCCAAGAUCAGUGUUCCGAAGAAGAAAGAGUACUUUUAUGAAAAACACCAGUAUAUCGCAUCAGUGAAGACGUGCAUGGCUGCAAGGUCAUGCAGUGCACUUUAA